UCCAAAGUUAGCUGUUUUUCCGCCAUUGUGAUUUGGAACAACUUCCAAAGUUGCUUUUCUAUCUUUCACCAGAGAAAUGAAAUGUUUCGGUCAGCAACUCUGCGGAAUGAUUGUGAAAACGUCCUGAAGGCAAAAAUAAGUGGACGCAAGAGCGUGUAUGUGUGAGACGUGCCCUUUUCCUCGCACAACCAUACCGAUCACCCGAUGAUUAGUCCGCUCGUGUGGGCGUGCGCUCGCAGCAUCUUGACAAAACUUUUGACGGCAAUCCUCCAGAGGCAGGCGCUUUUCUAAAUAUACAAACCAUCUCGACUGUUGACGCAAAACAAAACGGCAAGCAGAUAGAAGAAAAAAAAAAAAACGGCUGCUGUGGCCUCACGGCAAGCGAGCGCCAUGUACAAUAUGAAGCGACAAGUCCCAACAGGUGCAAGAAGCUCACGGAAAUCCUCCGCGCCCGACUCGCCGAUGCGACACUGGAACAGACGUCAGCGGUGAACUUCGCUUUUGCAACAACAAACAUCUUUGAUGGAAUCCUCGUAAUAGCAAAAAUCAAUUUGAUCUAAUAACUUGCCCAAAAAGGAAUGAAGGGGAAAAAAAUAUACAAUGAUCAUGAAGAUAAGUCAAAAGAUUCGACCCCCCCCUGGACAAACAUUGGGUGAAAGCGUUCCAUCCCGAAGCACAUUUGUUUUGGUCUCUUUUAAGAACAGAGCUACUGUUAUCUCCAAGCAGACAGAGGUGCCGGUGUCGUCGGUGCUCUGCCUGUCUUCAGUCCGAGAACUUCCCGUCCAGGUCCGGGAGCUUUACGCGCAAGGUUUCGUCCUGGUUUCCGUCCACCCGUUUGUGCACCCUUGCGGGCCGCAUCACGCCCGCAUCCAGCGGCAGCUCCAUCGGGCCGUGCUGGUGCGAGAAACCCCAAGUUGCCACGAGAAAAGAUGGUGGAAGCAUCGUCUGGAGACGGACGUGUGCGCGGCCGGUCAUCAGGCGGCUGACCCGGAGGUGAUCCAGAACUACGUCAAGAGAAUCCAGGAUGUAGCAGAGCAAGGCGUGAUGUUUGUGGGCUUUCUCCAGCAGCCGGGAGGGGCACCUUGCUUCACGACAAACUGGGACCCCGAUGAGUUAUCCUCCUUACACUCCAGCCCGUCUCCCAUCCACCGACACCCCCUCAGCUCUAAAUCCAGCCCGACAGAUCCUUCAGAACCGAGCGGUAAUGAUUCUGAGCCGGGCGGCGUCCCCUUUGAUUCUCCAAAGCUAAAUCAUGAAAGUGGAGAACAUGCUCGACGGGAUCGCAAGGCUUCACUGAGCUCAGAGGCAGACUUGCCCACUCGACCUUCAGAAGUCAACCCGAAGGGAUCCGAUGAAGCAAUUGAAGCGGCAAACCACAGAGACCAAGUAUGCGAAAGUCAGAACCUAAAUGCACAAGAGGAACGGGGCCCGUCGGAACUCGGACUAUCCUCCGAGAAGCAUUUUAAAGGUCCAAGUCGGCCAGAUCAUAAAGAAUCCGACCUGACUUGGAAUAACAACCACAUUUGCGUGAAAAAUUCCCACACCGGGAAGGAUGACUUCUCCGCGCAGGCUCGACUUCAACUGUUUGCCUUAUACAACUCUACGGGAGAAGUCAACACGUCUUUGAGGUUCUACUCGCUUAGGGUGCCCUUACGAGUUCAAAAGGAGGCGGGGCUUGUCACCGACGUGGACGGUGAUUGGCUCGACCACAUGACUCAGCACUUUACCAACGGCGCUCAACUCAUUGAUGGCUUCUUCCACCUCAGAGACGAUCACGAUAACGAGGUUUCAUCUGUAGACAGCGUGUUCAUCUUCCAUAACUCGACCGAGGAGUCCACCGGCGCCUCGUACGACGCCAUCGUGGUCGAGCAGUGGACGGUCAUCAAUGGUGUGGUGGUGAAGGCCGACUACGUCCCGCUGCUGCAGUCUCUGGCUCCUUAUGGAUGGAGACUCAUGUGUGUGUUACCCACACCCAUUGUGAAGACCAACAGUGAUGGGAGUUUGUCGACUAAGCAAAUCCUCUUCCUUCAGAGGCCUGUUUUGCAGCGCAAGAGAAAAGACUUUAAGAUGCUGAACCUCCGAGGUCGCCACAAGACAAAAAAACACUCAUGCGGAGAAAUGCUGGAGGAGGGCGAGGACAGGUCCCUCGUCUCGGAGACGGAGAUGGGCAAGUUGAGACGCAUCAAGGAGGACCACGUCGAGGGGAGGAAGAACUGGGCCGGAGGAAGGACCACGGAAGGAUGGAGGGAGGAAGCCGAAGAAGAAAAGGACCUCUCCUUCCUCUCGGGCAGCCUGGCGUCGUCCGUCGAGGGCGAGGAAGAGGAGGAGACGGAUAUUGACAGUGUUCUCACGUCCAAGCGGGAAAAGUCGGUGAGAUGGACAGAGGUGUGCCAGCGAGGAAGCAAAGAGGAGGUAAAGCCGGACGAACGCAUCAAACAUCAACUCUUUUCCGGUGUCUGCUGAAAAAACUGAUUUUAAUUGACAAAAACAAAAUAUUGAUAAAAUUGAUUGAAUAGGAAUUAGUGUUGUGCACUCGGCUGCUUUUUUUUUUUUUUAGCUCACUGUCUCUAAUUGAUGUGCUUUGAAAAUAGGAGACCAAACAUUUUAGGAAUGUCGUAUGGAAAUUAGUCUACUUUGUAUACUAGAACACGUUAUGGUCAUGUGACCCAAAGCAAAAGAAAAAAAGACUUUAUAUUACUUGUUUUGAGUCAACUGGCAUCCAUGUUUUAAAAAUUUGACAUUUAGCGAAAGAUGAAAAAUGUCGGUACCAUGUUGUGCAAGUGGAGCUGUGUAUUUGGGUAACUGUAAAAUAAGAAUUGUGUAUAGUGCUAUUUAUUUCUUAUUUUGUGCUGUGUCGAACAUGUAUUUACAUAAAAGUAAAAGAAGCAUUUCACGCA